AGAGAGAGAGAUGUGUAGAGCUAGCUAGUAGCUACAGUAGUGUCCACGGUAGCAGAGUGUCUUAAUAAGGGAGGGACAGAGAGAGAGAGACAGCCACUGAGACCCUAGUGGGAUAGCAGGCUACACUGGGACAGACUGAUUUUGUGGGAUUAACCGAUUAACAGGAUACGGAAUAACAGAUCACGGUUAAAGAGGAGGAGGAAGGAGAGAAAAGAGGAAGAGGGAGGUGAAAUACAGAGAGAGGAUCGACUUUUGACAGGUGUGAAGGAGAUUCAUGGGUAACCUCCUGAAAGUGCUGGCUUGCUCCGACCUAGAGCAUGGCCCAAUCAUUUUCCUUGACUUUGAACAUGCCCAGCCUACGGAGGCAGAGACGGCAGUAUGGAACCAGGUCAGUGCUGUCCUGGAGGAGGCCCACGGUAUCCUGGCUGAACUACAGUCAUACAACGGGGCGGGACAGGAGAUACGAGAGGCCAUCCAGAACCCAGGUGAUCUGCAGCUACAGGAGAAGGCCUGGAACGCAGUCUGCCCCCUGGUGGCCAAGCUCAAACGCUUCUACGAGUUCUCCCUCCGACUGGAGAAUGCCCUGCGUAGCCUGUUGGAGGCGCUGACGAGCCCUCCCUACGCUCCCAUGCAGCACCUGGAGAGAGAGCAGGCCCUGGCCAAACAGUUCGCGGAGAUACUCCACUUUACCCUCAGCUUCGACGAACUAAAGAUGACAAACCCAGCCAUUCAGAAUGACUUCAGCUACUACAGGAGAACCAUCAGUAGAAACAGGCUGAACAAUCAGCAGUUGGAGGCGGAGAACGAGGUGAACAACGAGAUGGCCAAUCGGAUGUCUCUGUUCUACGCCGAGGCCACACCCAUGCUGAAGACCCUGAGUAAUGCCACCACCAAGUUUGUGUCAGAGAAUAAGACCUUACCCAUUGAAGACACCACAGACUGCCUGAGCACCAUGGCCUGUGUGUGUCGCGUCAUGCUGGAGACCCCUGAGUACCGUUGUAGGUUCACCAACACAGACACCGUGUUGUUCUGUAUGAGGGUGAUGGUGGGAGUGAUCAUCCUGUACGACCAUGUCCAUCCUGUAGGAGCCUUCGCCAAGACAUCCAAAAUAGACAUGAAGGGCUGCAUCAAGGUGCUGAAAGAACAGCCUUCCAACAGCGUGGAGGGACUACUGAACGCAUUGAGGUAUACAACCCGACAUCUAAACGACGACAGCACCUCUAAACAAAUCAGGGCUCUUCUUCAAUGAAAGAUGGAAGAGAGGCGAGUGUGAAGGAAGGAGAGAGAGAGAGAGAGAGAGAGAGAGAGAGAGAGAGAGAGAGAGAGAGUGCACACAGAGGGAGGAGAAGUAAAAACGAAGGAGAACAAACUGUGUUGGCUGAAUCCUGUUUGUUUACAUGAAUGAAAAGCUAAAUGAUCUGAUAAAACUGAUGAGAAGAAGUUUAUGUAUUGUU